CAGCCGAACAUGCUGUUGUUGUAGAUCACAUCAAGGAAGAAACUCUCAAAGACACCCAGCUUCAGAAACUUUCCAUCAGAAUACUCACUGGAGAUUGGGAACAACACAAGAAGGACCCAGACAUUGCACCAUUUUAUAGUGUACAGAAUGAGUUGUACGUAGUCAAUGACCUAAUCUUCAGGAUGAAUCAGAUCAUUGUCCCAACAAGCCUACAGAGAAAGGUCAUCAAGGCAGCACAUCACCUGGGACACCUGGGAAUGACAAAAACAAAGCAGAUGUUAAGAGCAAAGUAUUGGUUUCCAACCAUGAACAAUAUGGUAGAGCAGAUCAUCGGUCAAUGUUACGAAUGUCAGGUAACCACGAAGCAGCACAGACAGGAACCCAUCAAAGUCACAGACAUACCAAAGAAACCCUGGGAUGUCAUAUCUGUAGACUUCAGCGGACCCUAUCCUGACGGUCAUUAUAACCUAGUGGCCAUUGACAAGAGAACAAGAUACCCUGAAGUCAUGAAGACUCACUCGACAGCAUUCCAGCCGACCAUGGAAAAGCUCAAAACCAUGUUUGCCACUCAUGGGACUCCAAGACAGCUACAAAGUGAUAAUGGACCACCAUUUAACUCCAGAGAAUUUGCCGAGUUUGCCAAAACAGAGGGAUUCCACCAUCACCGAGUUACCCCAGAACACGCACGUGCUAACGGAGAGGCAGAAAGCUUCAUGAAACUACUGAAUAAGACUGAGCAGAUCGCUCGUCUCAUUGGGGGAAAAAGCAGUGUAGCUAUUCAAGAGAUGCUAACAGGCUAUCGCUCAACACCGCAUCCUGCUACUGGCGUGCCACCAUAUGAAGCCCUAAUGAACAGACAGAUCAGAACCAAACUAGAUCACCAAGCGAGGGAGUGCAAUGAGAAUCCCCGUGACACAGCCAUCGACAAGCGGGAUGAGAAAUACAAAGAUAAGAUCAAACAGAAUGCCGAGAACAGGAACACCAAAGAGCACAAUUUCUUAGUCGGAGAUCAUGUCCUGUUGAAACAGAAAAAGAGAAACAAAUGGUCUACCGCAUUUGAACCAGCAUUCUACAGAGUAACUCGAAUAGACGGAUCAAGCAUUGCAGCAAAAAGGAUCACAGAUGGACGCGAAGUGUACCGUGACGCAAGCCAGUUCAAGAUUGCUAACUCACUGAUCCAGGAAAACACCAGCGAAGAAAAUGAAGACCAGGAAGAACAAAAGAACCAAGAGGAUUGGAGAGAGAAGAUUCUACUGAAUGCCAACCCUCACUCAGUCCAGGAGGAGACUAAGGAAAGCAGCGCAAAGGAAGCAGCUAAAACCAACACCAGCGACAAAGCGGACCAGAGCAAACAACCUAUGCCAGCAGCUGCGACCAGACCAAGGCGUGAUCGAAAACGUCCAGAGUAUUUGAAAGACUUUGUCACCUAAAGACUGUACUUUAACUGUACCUAACAUGGAACAGAAAGGACUGUGCUUUGAAAUAGCAUGCCUAGUCUAAGUUAGGACACAUGUUUUAAGUUGCGUUGUUUUUCACUUAAGGAAGAGACUAUCUCGAAAGAAAAGGAGAAAUGUAAUAUCCAGUCCAGUAUUCCGAGAUUUGCAACAUAGUUCAGUUCGCACAUGCGCAUUAGCAACACUUUGCAUUACCACGUUGUCAGCUCGAGUCGGAGAAGUUUGUUCUAUUAAAGCAUUGUUUAUACUGAGAGGAC